UGAAAAUGGAGCACGAUGGCGUCUGAAUGAACCUCAUCAUUAGCUGUGCACUAAUCUCAAUUUAUAAUAGUUCAAUUAUAAGUAGCAGAGCAGCAUGGAGAAGGAAACAGAUGAUUUAGCUGCCAUUUCAACUGUAGUAGAUAGCAGUUCAAAUGAAUCAACAGAAUUUUCAACUUCUGAAGAUUUGAAACAAGAUCUAUUAAAAUUAAUUUCAUCUUCUGAUGGCAUAAAAACAGAAUUAACAUUUUUGACUUCCCAUGAUAUAAAACCCAACAUGCCUUUUUUAACUUAUCAAGCGGUUACACAUGAUGUCAUUCCAGAAUUUUCAGCUUCUAAAGACACAAAAACAGAAUUUACAUUUUCAUCUUUUGAUGAAGUUAAACCCAACAUGACAUUUAUAACUUCUCAAGAUGUUAAACCUGAUGUUAUGCCUGAAUUUUCAUAUACAGAUAUCAUUAAAACAGAAUUAUCAACCUUUUCAUCUUUUGAUGAUGUGAAAAACAUUACAUUUACAUCUUCUCAAGAUGUUAAACCUGAUGUUAUGCCAGAUACUUUAUCUUUUAAAGACACAAAAACAGAAUUAACAUUUUCAUAUUUUGAUGAUGUUAAACCCAACAUGACACUUAUAACUUCUCAAGAUGUUAAACCUGAUGUUAUGCCUGAAUUUUCAUAUACAGAUACCAUUAAAACAGAAUUAUCAACCUUUUCAUCUUUUGAUGAUGUAAAAAACAUUACAUUUACAACUCCUCAAGAUGUUAAACCUGAUGUUACACCUGAAUUUUCAUAUACAGAUACCAUUAAAACAGAAUUAUCAACCUUUUCAUCUUUUGAUGAUGUAAAAAACAUUACAUUUACAACUUCUCAAGAUGUAAAACCUGGUGUUACAACAGCAUUUUCAACUGGUGAAUCAGUAUUUUCCACUUCUAAAGAUACAGAACUAGAAUUAGCAACUAGCAGAACUUUAAAACCAGAUUUAUCGACGAAAAAAGUUAACUUGGUAUUAGACAAGCAAUAUGAAUGUGGUAUUUGUCAUAAAAGGUAUGCACACAGAUCUGGUUUAAGUAUACAUAAAAAAGCUCAUACAGGGGAAAAGCCUCAUGAAUGUGAUGUUUGUCACAAAAGAUUUUCUAGAGGCUGUAAUUUAAGUAAUCAUAAAAAAGUUCAUUCAGGAGAAAAACCACAUAAAUGUGAUGUUUGUCAUAAAAAGUUUAGUCAGAAGAUAAAUUUAUUACUUCACAAAAAUAUUCAUUCAGGAGAUAAGCCAUAUUCAUGUUAUGUUUGUCAUAAAAGGUAUACUAAAAGUUCUACUUUAAGUAAACACAAAAGAAUUCAUACAGGAGAAAGGCAAUAUGAAUGUGAUGUUUGUCAGAAAACAUUCUCACACAACUCUCAUUUUAGUAGACACAAAAGAAUUCAUUCAGGAGAAAAGCCACAUAAAUGUGAUGUUUGCCAUAAAGCAUUUUCUCGCAAUUAUAGUUUAAGUAAACAUAAAAGAAUUCAUUCAUAUGUAAGAAAGAAUACAAAUUAUCAUCCAGGAGAUAAGCCAUAUGAAUGUGAUGUUUGUCAGAAAACAUUCUCACUCAAGUCUCAUUUUAGUAGACACAAAAGAAUUCAUUCAGGAGAAAAGCCACAUAAAUGUGAUGUUUGCCAUAAAGCAUUUUUUCGCAAUGAUACUUUAAGUAAACAUAAAAGAAUUCAUUCAUAUGUAAGAGAGAAUAUAAAUUUUCAUCCAGGAGAUAAGCCAUAUGAAUGUGAAGUAUGUCAUAAAAAGUUUGCACACAGCUGUAGUUUACAUAAACACAAAAGGGUUCAUUCAGGAGAAAAGCCAUAUGAAUCUGAUGUUUGUCAUAAAAGGUUUUCUCAAAAUUCUAAUUUAAGUUCACACAGAAGAGUUCAUACAGGAGAAAAGCCUUAUGAAUGUGAACUUUGUCAUAAUAGAUUUUCUCAAAAAUCUAGUUUGAAUAAACAUAAAAUAGUUCAUGCAGAAAAAAAAGCCUUAUGAAUGUAAUGUUUGUCAUAAAAUACUUUUUCAGAAAAAUAUUUCAACUAGUCAUUAUAAAAUCCAGUCAGGAGAUUUACCAUGAAUCCUUAACACUCACAACUUUCAGUUUCUAAUGCUUGAAAAUUAGCCAAACAGUUAUACAGCAUACACAUUUUAAAUUUGAAGGUAAGAAAGACUAAAGCUGCUGCAAUUGGUUAUAGUUUUCUUGUCUUGUUAGUUAUUAUUGUUAUGUCCCUUGUGUUACAUGUAUGUUAAUGAUGUAUCUUGAAUGUCUUAUUUCUGUAUGGUGUUGUCUUGUUGUUGAUGCAGUGAGUUUUCUAUGAAUGGAGUCUUAAGAGAAGACAAAUAGGCCUACUACUUAUAGUGUUGAAGCUAACAUGAUGGUUUUCUACUGUUAUAU